AUGGAGGAUGUUGGUGAAUCUCCGAAUGGCAGUGAUGUCUUGGAACCAGACAAACCCGAAGCCGGACUUGAAAUGGCUCAGUCGAUCCUGAGUAAGUUCUCUAUGAAAUCCUUGUUUGGAUUUACGAGUAAAUUGGAAUCUUCGAAGCCUGAAGAGGAAGAUGCUGUGCUGAAGGCAGUCCACAAAUUAGGUGUGGAUCCCACACCUGGGCAGGAUGAGCCCAGCACUGGCGCGGAUCAGCAGGAGGCAGAGGCUCGGGUUCCACCCGACCUCAGAAAUGAUGGGAAGACUGUGGAGACAGAGUCAGAGGGAAGUCAGAGGAAAGCUGAAGCAGGGACUUCUCUUCCUGGUCAAGAGCUUUUUCCACUCACUGCUUUGAGUGUGACCAGAGACGAUGCCAUUUGGGUUCGUGGGACCCUCGUGCACACCACCAGUGAUUCCGAUUCUGAUGACAGUGGCCAGGAACCAGAAGAGGGAAGCAGCACCAAUGGCCCAAAGUCUCCCAGUGUUGUUUUAUCGAAACCAUCUCAGGAUCCUGAAGAAAAACCAGGAGAUCCUAGGGAAAGUAUUGCCGCCGGGGAAAUAGGUGAUGCGGAGCUCUGUGCAGAAGAUUCUCAAAGGACUCCACCUGAGAUAAGUAGCAAACUGGAAUCUGGCCAUAGUGGCCUUCAGACAGAGCACAGCCACAGCCAGGGCCAGGCUGAAGAAGCGUCUCAAGUCUUACCUGCAGUAACAGACCAGAAUUUGAGUGUCGGCAUCACAGAGGAUGCCUCUUCUAAAAAAGAAGUCCCUGGAGAGAAGUCAUUCCAGCUUCCAGCUUUUUUUAGUGGCCUUCGUGUGCUGAAGAAGGGGGCUAUAGCUGAAGGAGGGCAGACCAUCACUGAAAUUAAACCAAAGGAUGGGGACCUGGCUUUGCUCAAAUUGACCCAGCCUGUGCAGAAGUCCCUAGGGCCACAGACAGUGAGGAGUGGGGAGAAAGCAACUGAUCCGAAGGCCACUCCCACUCUGCUGGAGCAGCUCUCUCAGCUGCUCAACAUUGACAUGCCCAAAACCGAACUGAAGGCAGCAGACCCUGAGUCACCCAGGAAAGAAGAGAUGGGCUGCUCUGCUGACCAGGACAGCCAGAGUGGCCCCGGAGAAGCCCAAACCCAGGACAGCGAGGUCAAACCAAAACCACCAGAGACUGCCCUGGAGGCCUUUAAAGCCUUAUUCAUCCGUCCCCCCAAAAAGGGGACCACGGCAGACACCUCUGAGCUGGAAGCUCUCAAGCGCAAAAUGAGACAUGAGAAGGAGUCACUAAGAGCUGUGUUUGAACGGUCCAAGUCAAAGCCAGCGGAUGGCCCCUGUGAUUCCAAAAGCCCUGACCAGAGCCCCACUGAGCAGGACGAUAGGACUCCUGGCAGGCUCCAAGCUGUCUGGCCACCCCCAAAGACAAAAGACACGGAAGAAAAAGUGGGAUUGAAGUACACUGAAGCAGAAUACCAAGCUGGUAUUUUACACUUGAAGAGGGAGCACAAAGAAGAAAUUGAAAACCUGCAGGCCCAGUUUGAACUUCAGGCAUUUCAUAUCCGGGGGGAGCAUGCGGUGGUAACAGCGAGACUAGAAGAAACUAUUGAAAAUCUCAAACACGAGUUAGAACACCGAUGGCGAGGAGGAUGUGAGGAGAGGAGAGACGUGUGCAUCUCCACCGAUGAUGACUACCCUCCAAAGACCUACAGAAACGUGUGCAUCCAGACAGACAGAGACACCUUCCUCAAGCCCUGUGAAGGUGAAAGCAAGACAACCAGAAGUAACCAAAUAGUACCCAAAAAGCUGAAUAUCUCCUCUUUAGGCCAACUUUCUCCCCCAAAUGACAGCAAAGACAUUCACACAUCACUUCAGUCUGUGGAAGGCAUGUCAUCAAAUCAGAAGACGUCACCUCCCCCUCCCGCACCGCCCUUACCCGCAUCCAUUCCUCCCCCUCCUCCCCUCCCUCCUGGACUUGGACCUUUGUCACCAGCACCUCCAACGCCACCUGCGAGUGCUGGGCUUCCGCUGCCCCCUCCGCCACCGCCUCUACCUCCAAGUGCAGGACCUCCACCACCUCCGCCCCCACCACCGCUUCCUAACUCCCUGGUUCUGCCCAACCCCGGGGGCCCCCCUCCUGCUCCUGCACCCCCAGGACUUGCACCCCCACCCCCUCCCGGGCUCUUCUUCGGACUCGGCUCUUCCUCCAGCCAAUGUCCUCGAAAACCAGCCAUUGAGCCCAGCUGUCCCAUGAAGCCUUUAUACUGGACUAGAAUACAAAUAAGUGACAGGAGUGUGGCACCCCUCAUCAAAUGUGGUACAGUGAAUGCCUUGGAUAAACAAGGUUGGGAUGUUUGGGAAAAAUGUCUGCCUCCCACCAGGUCCUCUGAGAGGCAGACAUUCUUCUAUGGGUCGAGGGUUGAGGGUGGGAGAAACAAUUUGUUCAAUGUCCGGGUCUUCUCUAAGAUCAUCAAGUUAUUGGAUGGAAAACGAUCUCAAACUGUGGGAAUCUUGAUAUCUAGUUUACAUUUAGAAAUGAAGGAUAUCCAACAGGCCAUUUUCAAUGUGGAUGACUCUGUGGUUGAUCUGGAGACCCUGGCAGCCUUGUAUGAAAACAGAGCCCAAGAGGAUGAAUUGGUUAAAAUAAGAAAGUAUUACGAGACAUCCAAAGAAGAAGAAUUGAAGCUGCUGGAUAAACCUGAGCAAUUUUUACAUGAGUUAGCCCAGAUUCCUAAUUUUGCUGAACGUGCCCAGUGCAUAAUCUUCAGAUCUGUCUUUUCUGAGGGUAUCACCUCCUUGCACAGAAAGGUAGAGAUCAUCACACGAGCUUCUAAGGGCUUGCUGCACAUGAAGAGUGUGAAGGAUAUUUUAGCUCUCAUUCUGGCUUUUGGAAAUUAUAUGAAUGGAGGAAAUAGGACUCGGGGACAAGCCGAUGGAUAUAGCUUAGAAAUUCUGCCCAAACUCAAGGAUGUCAAGAGUCGGGAUAAUGGGAUUAAUCUGGUGGACUAUGUCGUGAAGUAUUACCUGCGUUACUAUGAUCAGGAAGCUGGAACAGAAAAGAGUGUUUUCCCCUUGCCUGAACCACAAGAUUUCUUUCUGGCCUCCCAAGUCAAGUUUGAAGACCUCAUAAAAGACUUGAGAAAACUGAAGAGGCAACUAGAAGUAAGUGAGAAACAGAUGAUGGUGGUGUGCAAGGAGUCCCCAAAGGAGUAUCUCCAGCCUUUCAAGGACAAACUAGAGGAGUUCUUCCAGAAAGCCAAAAAAGAGCAUAAAAUGGAAGAAGGUCACUUGGAGAAUGCACAGAAAAGUUUUGAAACAACAGUAGGAUAUUUUGGGAUGAAGCCAAAGUCUGGUGAGAAGGACAUCACACCCAGCUAUGUGUUUAUGGUGUGGUACGAGUUCUGCAGUGACUUCAAGACGAUCUGGAAACGGGAGAGUAAAAACAUAUCUAAAGAAAGAUUGAAAAUGGCUCAGGAAUCAGUCAGCAAGUUGACAUCAGAGAAGAAAGUGGAGACAAAAAAAAUCAAUCCCACUGCUAGUCUGAAAGAAAGACUGCGCCAGAAGGAAGCCAGUGUGACCACCAGCUAA